ACCACCUCCACAACACCACUCAGUUGGAGAUAAGAUUCUUCUCAGAGUGCAGGAGUGACUCGUUCUCCUUUACGUGUUCCAUCACCAGCGAGGACUGUGACGUUGUGUCAUGUGUUCCAACAUCGACGUGUAUUGGUUGGUGGCGGCGGUGGCGACGCUGCUUCUCUUCCUCUGCCUUGCCCUCUGCCUGGCCUUCAGGUAUUACCAGCGAUGGACAUCAGCUAAGCAGUGCUUGCUGGUGCUGCGUCAGUUGGAAAAGCCAUCAAAGAAACAGCAAUGUCAGCUGGUCAGCGAAUUACGACCUCCUUCUACGAUGGCCCCGUCAAUCCCACCAAAGCCUCCAACGCCUCCACGUAACUACAAGAUUCGGAAGAAGCUUUCCCUUAAACCCUCCCUGCCUCUACGGAGCCACCGGACCCUGAAGAAGCUCUCUCUCAAGCCCCCGAUGCCUCCACGAAACUACAGGAUCCAGAAAAUGGUCUCCGUUAAGAUCACGGAACCUAUAGGCAAUCAUACGAAGAAACGUUCCAUGAAGCCACUACCGUCUCCGCGUACCUACAGAAUCCUGAAGAAGCUUUCCCUCAAGCCCCAACGAACGGUUAGCGUGACGGUUCACCCCCAUCCCCCCGACCUAGACACUACCGCCCUGGAGCACUAGCUGUGUUGUAUGGUCAUCACCUCUGCGUUGAACAUGGUAACAAGGGUUGAUAACCAUGGUAACAAUAUUUAUUUUUCUUAGAGAUUUUCCUGCAUGGGCCACCACCACCAUGUAACAAUUCAAGAAAGGUUGUCUUCCUCUCUUCCUUUGUAACAAUCGAGAGCUUGUCGUGGACUUGACCUCUGUUCUUUAGUACCUCCUGGAGUUGAGAGCACAGACAUAUAAGGUUCCUCCAGUGUUUAUCUAUGUAGAGUGCCAGGGUUCAGGGAGAGGUUUAGAAAUGUGUGAGGGGUUUUGGAAGAUUAUGGUGAGGUUUUACAGCUGAUUUUGAGUCAGUGAAGAGUAGGUGGGCUCAUACUUUGACAGUUUGAUAUAUAGACUACGAUUCAAAUGUAAAACUCAGGAGAUCUCGAUCCUUUGUAGACGAUGAGUCACAAUAACGUGGCUGAAGUAUGUUGACCAGAACACACACUAGAAGGUGAAGGGACGACGACGUUUCGGUCCAUUCCUGGACCAUUCUCAAGUCGAUUGUGAAUGGUCCAGGACGGACCGAAACGUCGUCGUCCCUUCACCUUCUAGUGUGUGGUUGGUCAACAUCUCGAUCCUUUCCUUCGCUGUGUGCAUAGGGUCAGUAAGUCAUCAGUUUUUAUCACCUAAUGUCAGACAUCUUACACAGUACAUUUUUUGCCCUAAGAACAGUUGGCUUCGUCUUGCCCCAUGACCCUCCAGCCUGACAAGUGACAUGGAGGCGGAACCUUGGGG